AUGAAUGGCGAGGAGAGUGGGAAGGAAUGUUCGAUGCAGCAGAAAAGACUAAUGGGAGCUCUCAGAAGAAGGGAUUUUCUUAAGGAGGAGAUGGAAAAGAUCGGACAGGAUCUCCAAAAGCUAGAGGCCCACCGAAGGGUGUUGGUGGACAUACUAAGGAUUUGUGAUGGUAGGAUGGAGAUAGACGUCAACAGAUAUAGGCCUGUUUAUAAAAUAGAUCUCAGCCAUUCGAAAGGGUUGAUACACAUUCCCCAAGAAAAACACCAUCUAGUAAUAUACAAUCUUGGAAAGAUUCCGUCACCAAGCAUGAAGCCCUUCUAUAGCCAGAAGAAUGUCUAUCCUGUUGAUUAUAUGUGUAAAAGGGCUUAUUAUGGGAAACGAGACGAGCUUCUAGCAGGGAAAAGAGAGGUUCUGUAUACGUGUACAAUUAGAAAUGUUUGCAGCAAGCCUUUAUUUGAAAUAACUGAAGGGGAUCUGUGCAUAAGAGGGAAGGCAGGAGAGGUGUUCAAUGCAUUUAGAAGCCUAUUUCCUGAAGGAAUUGAGUUUACAAGCAUAAUCGAGUUUUUUGGGCUGAACAAUCUGCAUGUCAGGAAGCUGAUUAGUGAGCAAGAAGGAUUUGCAGAUCUUGGGAUUGGAGACAGAUGGGAAAGAAGGCCCUGA